AUGGAUGUUUUAAAAAAGUCAACCGAUGAAAUUGACAAUGAAGAUAAUUUAUGGGAAAGUGAUGAUCCUUGUACAUUAACUGAUAUAUUUCAAACAAGUGAAAGAAAUUCACUUUUAUCACCUUCAAGUAGUUAUUCUAUUAAAAAACCAUUAAUACUAAAACUUGGUGGUUUUCGAAUAUUCAAUAAUAAUUUUUUGAUUGUCAAAAAUAGAAUAUUUAACUGUGAUUUGUUUUUCAGAGCUAUUGGAGAUAAAAAUUUUUUACCAGAACGUCGUCCUGUUCAAUGUUCUUUUAUCUAUAAAUCCAUUGGCCUUGUUUUUAAGAUAACAAAUGUGAAGAAAAAAAAACCUUACAUCAAUAUGAUGGUUCAAUGUGGUAUAGAUAAUGAUCAUGCAUAUGAACUUGUCAAAAAUCAUCGGUUUAGUUACAUUAAAAUUCAUCCUGGUGUUAUAGUUGAUUUCAAAUCAGAAGGAAAAGAGGUAUUAUUAAGAUUUUGCAAGAAACGUUUUUUUGCUAAUAUUUACAAAACACUUAGAAAUAUUUAA